GCCGCCCGCGCUGCUCGGGCCGGAGUCGAGCGGAGCCGGGGGCCCCUCCGGCCCCGCUGCGCUCCGGGGCACCCGCGUCGGGGCCGGGGCGGCGGCGGGACCGGCCGUCGGGGGAGGGCUGCCCGCCCCGAGGGCUCGGCGGCGUCCCGGGCGCGUGUGACAGGUCCUGCCCUGGGAGGGGAGCACUCCCUCCUCCCCUGCGCGCCCUGGUCACCGGAGCGCCCGAGGCAGCCCUGGCUGGAAGUUGGGGAGCUCUGCCGUGUCCCCUUUGCAGAACAGCGCGACACGCUGCCCUGCGCUGCCACUUGCCAGGGCUCUGACUGGAGUGAGGUUCUUCGUUAUGUGUCUCGGGUUUAGGGUUUGUCCCUUAGGACGGCGUGGCUUCUGGUUCUGCCCGGGUUCAGCUGCUGCCGCUCACACAAGAGCCGGCUCGGAGAGUAUCUCUACUGUCACAAAAGCAACUCGGGAUCCGGGGAUUUCUUUCUCCGGCUGGGGAUUUGCCUCGUAGGCGGACGUUAUUUGAUUCUUCCCUCUCUCAAUCAACAAAUGAUCAGAUGAAGCUACAGAUGACAUGACCAAAGUCAAAACAAUGCAUGAACUGAUGAGAAAUAGCAUGGAGAACAUUAACUGCCUAGUUGCUGGAUAUCCUAAGCACAACCUCACUACCAAAAGAGACCCUGAUGUUAUAUGAUCAUGGAACAGAGUUCGCAAGAAUGGAAAAUCAAAGGAGCUCACUAGUUGCAUCUCAUAAAUAAAAAUUUCCAAGAUUUAGCUGAAUCAACAAAUUAUUCCAGCCAUGGGAGAAAAUGCAAGUUUUUGGGAAAGUUUGAUAUAUGCACAUCCUACGUGUACCACCUGGAAGCAAGAGGCAGAGGGAUCUAUCUACCACCUAGCCAGUAUUCUCUUUGUUGUGGGCUUCAUGGGUGGAAGUGGAUUCUUUGGGCUUCUCUAUGUCUUCAGCCUGCUUGGAUUGGGCUUUCUCUGCUCUUCUGUUUGGGCUUGGCUGGAUAUCUGUGCUGCUGAUAUAUUCUCCUGGAAUUUUAUACUGUUUGCUAUAUGCUUCGUCCAGUUCAUUUAUGUUACCUACCAAGUUCGGAGUGUUGCCUUUGACAGAGAAUUCCAGGAACUCUACAGUGCUCUGUUCCAGCCUCUGGGAAUUUCCUUGACUGUGUACAGGAAGAUCGUCUUGUGCUGUGAUGCAGAAGUGAUUACCCUGGAGAAGGAACACUGUUAUGCCAUGCAGGGCAAAACACCUAUUGAUAAACUGUCCUUGCUUGUAUCAGGCAGGAUCAGAGUAACAGUUGAUGGGGAGUUUCUGCAUUAUAUUUUUCCUCUCCAAUUUCUGGAUUCUCCUGAAUGGGAUUCACUGAGGCCCACAGAAGAGGGAAUUUUCCAGGUAACACUUACAGCAGAGACAGAUUGUCGGUAUGUGGCCUGGAGGAGAAAGAAGCUCUAUCUGCUGUUUGCUAAACACCGUUUCAUCUCCCGCCUGUUCUCAAUUUUAAUUGGGAGCGACAUUGCUGAAAAACUGUAUGCCUUGAAUGACAGGGUGCACGUGGGGCAAGGCUUUAGAUAUGACAUUCGGUUACCAAACUUCUAUCAUGUUGCACUGCCAGAGACCCCUCCAGUGCAGGUCUCUCCCCACCACCUACAGCGAGGCUCCCCACGCCGCAAGCCCUCAGGGGUUACAAACUGCAGCUACUUCCUCUCACCGCCCUAGGAAGGAACAUUCUGCUGCAGCCAUUCCUCAAAGUGAUGAAAGAAAAUGCAAAGUGGCAAAGCAGAAGAGCAGAAGCAGAUCAAGACCCAGUCAAGCCAGAUUUGACUGACAAGUGCCAUUUACGUUUAUUGGCGUAGCUUGAAUUUUCUCCCUCUCAAGCCAGCAGAAAGGUCAUGUCCUCUCAGAUGAUAUUCUGAAGCAGAUCUUCCUACUGAGGGGAAUGGAGUACUUCUUAAGAAGGAAUUAUACAUUCAGGACUAUGCUCUGUUUCUCACUGGAUCUCCAUUUUCUUGUUCAGUUACAGCUUUUCAAAAGCAUAGUGUCCUUUCAGUAUAUAUGUUCAUUAUUUAAAGAAUUAAUGAGUAAGUACGAGUAGAAAAAAAUACAAUAAAUACUGAUACAUAAAACAUUUUAUAUUGGUUUUUAUUUUACAAAUUAUUAGUACCUUUUUGUUUACCAUUUUUGUUGCCAUUUUAGGUCUGAAACUGCUUUAUACAGUGGUAUAUGUACUUAAGCUACAUGCAAAAGCAAUAAUCUUAAAUAUAUGUAUGUUUAUUGCAGUCUGUAUCCCUGUUUUUAACCCUAUAUAAUAGGGUUUUGUUUGUUGCUUUUUUCUUUACAGAAUGAAAAAGUAUAAUAAACAUUACUCAGAA